GCUGUUUUAUUAAUGUGUAUUCGGGAUCAAAACGGAAAAUAAAAUGAACUAACAAAAUACUGACGACGCAGUGAAUCCAAUCAAGUUGAUUUCAAAUAUAAUUAAUUUUGUAUUGAAUUAUCAUAAACAAUAUAUUUCGGGAUCGUGGUCAUCUACCCCAUAAAUUGCAGUAAUGUGUAGCCUACAAGCGGAGGAGAAUCAUCUGGCCUCCAAGGCAAUGGCUCUACCAAGAGGGGAUGCGUCGUCAAAAGUGACACUAUUCGAAAUAAGUUGGCAGGAUGUUUUGAUCCCCAUGGUUGCGGAAUUCCUUAGUCUCAAGGAACUUUUUAAUUUGCGUUGUUGCUCGCAAACUGCCAAACGCUUCGUAGAAGCUGCAUUUGAACGCCGUAAAGACAUUAAUGUAGCUGGCAAUAAUAGUCGAAACAUAGAAUUAGCAUUCGCUGUCCUUGGAAAAUGCUGCCGCCGCGUUGAAAGCCUGCAUUUGGCACGCUGUCACUGGAUGACAGAUGAAUACUUGCUGCCAAUUUUAGCUGAAAAUACCCGAUUACGAGUGGUAAAUCUGAAUGAGUGCGUAAAUAUUACACCGUUGGCGUUGCAGCCAAUCAUAAUUGAAUGUAAGGAACUACGCAUUUUGAAACUCUCAAAAUGCCAGUGGUUAACUACGGGUGCGGUGGAUGCUUUAACUUUACACCAUAACAAUUUAGUCGAGUUUGACAUUUCACAUUGUACAGCAAUUGGAGAGCGUUGCUUGAUUAUGUUUUUCCGAAAGUUAAACAAAUUAAAUGUUUUGUCACUCGCCAAUACUCCUAGUGUAACCGACCAAGUAUUAAUCCAGAUUGCCAACUACUGCAGUGGCUUAGAGCACAUCAAUUUAGUCGGUUGUGCUGCCAUUUCCGACUAUGGCAUACAUGCAAUCGCGAUGCAUUGCACUCAGCUACGUUCACUACUCGUGCAACGUUGUCCGCGUGUUACGGAGCGUUCAUUAGCACCGCUACGGAAACGCGCGCACAUCGAUCGACAAAGUCAAUUAGACAUGUAUUUAACCGAUUUUUAUCCCAGUGAUUUUCUCAUUUACUGAUUUGCAAUCUCCUAUAAAUCGUUCUAACUACAUCAUGCCGACAUCUCCAAUCGCUGAUGGUGCAUCGAUGUCCGAACGUAACGGAGCGCGUGUUGGCGCCACUGCGUGGCCAUCUCUUCAUCG